CCUUAUUAUGAAUUACGAAACGAACGGCAGAAAAAACGAAACUCGAAGAAACGAAAGUCAUGGUGAAGAGCGAUUAUAAGAUACGAAAAUAGAAAACAAAAAAAGUUGCCAGGCAAAAACGAAAAAUGAUAAUUUCUUAAAGGAGCAACUAACUUCACUCCUAUUAACAAAUGUCAAAAUAUAAAUAAAGUCGAGGAAGUUUCAAAAAUAAAUGUAAUUUGCAUAAAUUCUAUAAAAUGUUUUUUCACUGCGAUUAUUUUCUUGAAAGCGAAGAUGAAUCCCAAACUAACGAAGAAGAGGAAAUGCGUAUAAAAAGAAGAGUUUUAAGAGAUUCAUCGAACCCAAUGAGCCUUCCAAGUUCAACGUUCAAGCUUCUUUAUCGUUUGAACAAGGACGCAUUCAAAUAUGUAUUAGAAGAGAUCGAUCCUCACCUUCCUAGUUUCAAUUCUACAUACAUACCAAAUGUAUUGAAAUUAGCUGCAACACUCCGGUUUCUGGCCGAGGGUGGUUACCAAAGAGAAACCGGACAGGACUUCCUUGUUGGUAUGGCACAACCAACUUUGUCGGUCACCAUCUCAAACAUAUUGACAAUCAUGGAAAAAGUUCUCUGCCCAAAGUUUAUAUCCUUUUCAUCGACGGAAGAAGAAAAGACUGCAAGCAAACAACAUUUUUACGAAAAAUUUGGGUUUCCUGGCAUUAUCGGUUGUGUAGAUGGAACACACAUCAAAAUUAUAAGACCAGUAGUAAAUGAGCAUCUUUACUUCAAUAGGAAAGGUGACCAUAGUAUCAAUGCAAUGAUCGUAAGUAUCUAG